ACACGUAGAAAACAAAGACCAAUUAACAGCUAACCAACAUCUUGUACCAUGAUCGCAAUUAAACGAACGCGAUUGAAAGUAUUAGGUUACAUUCUCGCCUUUAUCUUCGCUAAUUUACUACUUACCAGUUUUAAUGUCCAUUCACUGUUAAGAAUGACUUACGUUAAUCACAUCGUACAUUGCCCUAGUUUACCUUGUAAUACGAACGCUGCCGAACAUCCAAUGAAACUCGAUCUCUUUCCGGACGGUGUCGACGUUUACACCAACUACACGUUGAAACGUUUACGUUUCAAAUCUUCAACUAACAAUGGCAAGCCUAUCGUUAACGACGUGACAUCCUUCCGUUACUCAAUCAACGCUCAAUGCCAGAAGACUAACGAUGGUUUGAUGGUCGUCGUGAUAGUUGUGUCGGCUCCCAACCAUUUCGAAAAGCGACAGCUCGUCCGUCAAUCGUGGGCCAGUCGUUUGAAUGGGGGCAGACAUGUUUUCCUGACUGGCAAAACGGCCAACAUGACGUGGCAAAAGAAAAUCGAACAGGAAAGCCAAUCUUUCGGUGAUAUCGUUCAACUGGACAUGAUGGAUAGUUACGAUAUUUUGACGGUGAAAUCAGUGGCCUUGUUGCAUUGGGCUAAGCAUUUCUGUGACCGAGUUCCAUUCAUUUUGAAGUGUGAUGACGAUGUUUACAUCAACACGAUUCGUCUGCAGUCAGCCAUGUUGGCUAUUCAAAGAGAAGUGCCCUAUUAUGAAGGAGCAAUGUUUGGAACGAAAAUUAUUAUCGAUAAUCCACCUCAACGGAAAUUGGGGAAUAAACAUUACGUCAGUCUGGAUGUUUGGCCUUGGCCAACUUAUCCUUCUUACCUGUACGGAGGAUCUUAUUUACUAGGCAGAAAAUCGUUAGGAUUACUAUUGGAAGCUGCACAGACAACACCCUAUUUCCCUUUUGAAGAUCUUUACUUGAUUGGAUUAUGUUCCAGAAAAGCUCACGUUCCUCUAUGGACAUGUGAAAAAAUGUUCGUCAUGGAGAAUAGCAACAAGACGGGCGAGCCUUGUUUCGUUGGGCAAUCGAUAACAUGGCAGACGAGAUCGGAUAACCAAUUCUUGGAAUCGCAUCAAGCCACAGAAGAGCUGUACAACAAUCAAACGGAGUGCAAUCGUUUCUCGACCCAUUCAAAUGACGUCCAUUUCCAAUUAAUCGAUCCGCUGGAAUACGAGACGUGGAGUCGUAAUAUUAGUUCUGUUCGUAAUAACAUUAUUUUGUAAACAUUGUAAUAAAAUACAAACCCGCUUUUUGUUAUA